AUGUCUUCCAAUGCUGCCUUUCCUCACAUUCUGUUCUUCUCUUCCCUUCUUUUUCCCCUCUUCUUGGCUGCCUCUCAAGCUAGUAAUGUGACCUUCGGUAACCAUCUCAUUGCUGCCGAUGGAGGCUCUCCAUGGACUUCACCUUCUAGUGACUUUGCCUUCGGGUUUCCCCACCUUGAAGACGAUAACUCCUUCUUGCUCUGCAUCUGGUUCUACCAAAUACCAAAACAAACCAUCGUUUGGUAUGUCAAUGGUACUGGUAACCCAGCUCCAAAAAAUUCCAAAAUUGAGCUUACUACAGGUGGCCAACUCCAGCUUACCGACCCCACAGGCCAGGAGUUAUGGAAGGCUGAAAUCAUCAAUUCCAGCAAUGUUGCUUAUGCUGCCAUGCUUGGCAAUGGCAACUUUGUGCUUGAAAGUAAGGAUUUUGUUCACAUAUGGGAGAACUUCAACCAACCUACAGACACCAUUUUGCCUGGACAGAAACUGCAAGUGGGUCGCAAUCUUUCUUCUCGGCUGACGAAUACUAAUUACUCACAGGGAAGGUUUCAGUUCCAAUUGCUCCAGGAUGGAACGCUCCAGAUCAAUCUUGUCGCCUUGCCGUCUUAUACCCCUUACGAUCCUUACUUCACUAUUGGAGCUAAUCCCCCUGACAAUCGUUCGAGGUUGGUCUUCAAUGUAUCAGGCCGUCUUUAUAUAAAGAGAAGCAAUGGAAGCAUUGACGAUCUCUCACCAAUCAACACAUACCCAGUUGCUGAUUUCUAUGACAGGGCGACCCUUGAUGUUCAUGGAGCAUUUUAUCUUUACACUCAUCCAAGGUCUUCUAGUGGGGGUAGGGAAGAAAGCUACUGCAGAGCUGUUAAUGGGAUUCCCGCACGUGAAUGCCCACCUGAAUACUCCCAAAUUGAUUCAAAUAGCAGUCUUAGUGGCUGCAAACCAAAUAUCCCACUCGUAUGUGAAGAAGAUGAAUCGGGUUUCCCUGAGGCUCUGUUUGAGUUCACGGAAUUGUGUAGCACAGAUUGGCCAUUGGCUGAUUACGAAAGGCUUGGGCCUGUUACUGAAGAGCACUACAAGAAUUCUUCAGAAAAAGUAAUUGUCUGA